AUGACCGAAUCAACUCCACCAAUUGAAGCUAGCCUUGCGCCCGGCUCGGUGCCACAAUCCGAAACGCCGGGUCCUGGUUCUGGGGCCAACACGACGGCUCUGGAGCGCGUGCAUCUGCCACGCAUUUCAAUCAAGUUCUGCACGCAGUGCAGGUGGAUGUUACGGGCUGCAUAUUUCGCGCAAGAGCUCCUUUCAACUUUCGGUACGGACCUAGGUGAAGUCGCUCUCGUUCCCAUGACAGGCGGAGUCUUCACCGUAACCAUCUGGAGCGCCGGGCAAAAAACAGCCCUGGGAGAGGCAUCAACCGAAGAGAACAUUCUCUGGGAUCGCAAGCGGGAUGGAGGAUUCCCUGGUAUGUCCAAUCUAAUACAAUGCACAUCAAUCUGUGCGUCUGAAAAGAAGCUCACAAAUCUUGCAGAGGUGAAAGCUCUCAAAUCUCUUGUUCGCAAUGUCAUCGCCCCAAACCGUGAUCUUGGCCACACAGAUAGAGCCCUGAAGAAGCAAGCAGAGGAGAAGAAACAGCAAGAACCAAAGCAGGAUGACGAAGCUGCGACAAAAAAGAAGGAAUGCGAGGACUGCAUUUGA